GCCCUCCUCCGCCCGCCCCAGCCGGGAUGGGGGUGUGGUCCCGGGUGCCUCCGGUGGCUUCCAGCUCCGCGACCCGCUGGCUCCCGGGAGCGUUCCGAGGCCCGCAGCCUGUUUCCGGGGAACGCUUACCCGGCCGUGCGCCCCAGUUUCCCGCAGCCUGCUUGGCCUCCGGGCGCAUCUGAUACCCUCGGGGAACGCCCUUGAGCGCGCGGCUCUGCCGGGAGCAGUUCUUAGCGCCGCUUGCUGCAGCCGCGCAACAGCGGUGGGAAGCAUGCGGGACUACGACGAGGUGACCACCUUCCUGGGCGAGUGGGGGCCCUUCCAGCGCCUCAUCUUCUUCCUGCUCAGCGCCAGCAUCAUCCCCAACGGCUUCAACGGAAUGUCAGUCGUGUUCCUGGCCGCCACCCCCGAGCACCGCUGCCGGGUGCCCGACGCCGCGAACCUGAGCCGCGCGUGGCGCAACCACAGUAUCCCGCUGCGGCUGCAGGACGGCCGCGAGGUGCCGCACAGCUGCCGGCGCUACCGGCUCGCGGCGAUCGCCAACUUCUCGGCGCUCGGGCUGGAGCCGGGGCGCGAUGUGGACCUGGAGCAGCUGGAGCAGGAGAGCUGCCUGGAUGGCUGGGAGUUCAGCCAGGACAUCUACCUGUCCACCAUCGUGACCGAGUGGAGUCUAGUGUGUGAGGAUGAUUGGAAGACGCCCCUCACCUCCUCCCUGUUCUUUGUGGGUGUGCUCCUUGGCUCCUUUGUGUCUGGGCAGCUAUCUGACAGGUUUGGCAGGAAGAACAUCCUCUUUGCAACCAUGGCUGUGCAGACUGGCUUCAGCUUCCUGCAGAUUUUCUCCAUCAACUGGGAGAUGUUUACUGUGUUAUUUGUCAUCGUUGGCAUGGGCCAGAUCUCCAACUAUGUGGUGGCCUUCAUUCUAGGAACUGAAAUUCUGGGCAAGUCAGUUCGUAUUAUAUUCUCUACAUUAGGAGUGUGCACAUUUUUUGCAGUUGGCUACAUGCUGCUGCCACUGUUUGCUUACUUCAUCAGAGACUGGCGGAUGCUGCUGCUGGCGCUGACGCUGCCAGGGGUGCUGUGCAUCCCUCUGUGGUGGUUUAUUCCCGAAUCUCCCCGGUGGUUGAUAUCCCAGAGAAGAUUUAGAGAGGCUGAAAAUAUCAUCCAAAAAGCUGCAAAAAUGAACAACAUAGCUGCCCCAGUGGUGAUUUUUGAUCCUAUGGAGCUUCAGGAACUAAAACUCCAAAGUCAGCAGAAAGUUUUCAUUCUGGACCUGUUCAGGACUCAGAAUAUUGCCACAAUAACCAUUAUGUCUUUGCUGCUGUGGAUGCUAACCUCAGUGGGUUACUUUGCUCUGUCUCUCAAUGCUCCAAAUUUACAUGGAGAUGCCUACCUGAACUGUUUCCUUUCUGCCCUGAUUGAAGUUCCAGCUUACAUUACAGCCUGGCUGCUACUGCGAACCCUGCCUAGGCGUUAUAUCAUAGCUGGAGUACUGUUCUUGGGAGGAGGUGUGCUUCUCUUAAUUCAGAUGGUACCUGCAGAUUACAACUUCUUGUCCAUUGGUCUGGUGAUGUUAGGAAAGUUUGGGAUCACCUCCGCUUUCUCCAUGCUGUAUGUGUUCACUGCAGAGCUUUACCCUACCCUGGUCAGGAACAUGGCUGUGGGGGUCACAUCCAUGGCCUCCAGAGUGGGCAGCAUCAUUGCUCCCUACUUUGUUUACCUCGGUGCUUACAAUAGAGUUCUGCCCUACAUCGUCAUGGGCAGCCUGACUGUCUUCAUUGGAAUCAUCACCCUUUUUUUCCCUGAAAGUUUUGGAAUGACUCUACCAGAGACCUUAGAGCAGAUGCAGAAAGUCAAAGGAUUUAUUAUAAAGGAUAUAUAUGAACAGCCAGAUGAAGAGGUACAAAGGGUUCAGAUUUAGGAAAAGGACAAGAGAUUCAGUGGAGAAAGAAGAAAAUCCCAAAGUUCUAAUAACUUCAUUCUGAUAAAGUUUCCACCUCACUUGGUGACCUGAAAACCACAUGUAUAAGACUCUAUGAAGAAACCAAAGCCUUUCCUGAGGAAUUGGACCAACGCUAAUGAUUAACACUAAGAUAGCUUUGCUAUUGAGAAAUGCCUGUCAUAGAGCACACUCUGGGCCACUCUUCCAAUAAUCUUCUUAUUUUAAAAACCACAUCAUUUCUAGAGAGUCCACCUUCCUAAUGAAUUUGAUGACAUGGGUUCAGAAGAUUUUUUGAAAACGUGUUGGGCAAAGACUGGUAAAUCCAUACAAAGAUAAAUACUCAUUGCCAAACAUACAAAUACUAUUCAAAUAAAAAGAAUGUCAUUGCAUUAACACAACUGUCAGGUGACAACAGUAUGUGUGUGUGUGUGUGUGUGUAUGUAAGGGAAACUGCACAUUCAAAAUUAUAGUAGUUUUUGAAGUGAACUUAUAUACUGCCAUAACUAAAUGAUGAUUAUAGGCAGUAUUUCUAUCCACAAAAUUUUAUACAAACUUUUGAAGGGAAUUGAUGGCAGAUUUUUUAAAAAGAUUUUAUUUAUUUAUUCAUGAGAGACACACAGAGAGAGGCAGAGACAUAGGCAGAGGGAGAAGCAGGCUUCCUCUGGGGAGCCUGAUGUGGGACUCAAUCCCAGGACCCUGGGAUCACACCCUGAGCCAAAGGCAGAUGCAGCAACCACUGAGCCACCCAGGUACCCCGAUGGCAGAUAUUAAUAGUGUUUUACAAGUGAAAUGCAGCAAGUGAUCAAGUAGCCUGGCUCAUAUGACCUGUUGGCCUCUGAGAAGGGAACCAAGACAGCUCCCUACUACAAUUUCAGUGGCUAUAAACUCAUGGCCUUUUGAAUGGUCCACAUUAGUUGUGAGUUUUUUGAGCACGUGUUUAAACUUUGUUUCUUUAGAGUGGCUGAAGAGGUAUUUUGCUGGUAAACAGACAAUCAGGAAAGCCACAAACCAGUUAGAUGGGUAAAAUGGUCUGUGUGCCCGGCACUAAGAGCUCUCAGCCCCAGGAAGAAGGCCAUCCAAGCUAACAAUCUUAAAACAGUUCUUUCCAUUAAUAGAUUCCUUCCUAAGCAGAGUAUGCAGCUGCUAGCCUCUCCAUCCAGGAGUGCAUCUGGUGGCAGUUCCACGAAUGAGUGGGGGCGGGGGGGGUAGGUAAUAAAGGCCACUACUGGGGAAAUGUAUUCUCCCAAGCACAGGAGAUAAAUGUCAGGUCUCAGUCUCAGCACGUUGCAGGCAUGCUGAGAUGACAGCAGAGCAAGAGGUUACUCUCAGAGACUGGGGCAGCAUGCUCUCGUUGAAAGCGGCUUCUCUGACAGCAACUCGGUGGUAAGCUCCUGACCCUUUAAGAUACCCAAAAAUAAAAAUCCUAAAAAUAAUUAUGCCCAAACGUAAAUGUUCACUAUCUCUUAGAGGAAACUUGGAUGUAACAUUUUUUGACAAAUAGUCCUUAAUUUUUCAAUUCUUUAUCUUGAACUAUUCUGAUUAACCCCCAAUUUUUUCCUCUGUUGCCCUAUUUCUAACACAGAUUUUAUAUCCUACUGACAUACUGAGCCUACCGUUUGAGCAUUACUUUAAAAUCCACUAGAAUAUCCUAGAAUAGUUUAUGUUUUGUCACCAGAGACACAGGUGCAUAGCUUCAUCCACCCAGUGCUUUUACCUCCCCCGUGGAUGCAGCCAGUCUGGAUCACCUUUCAACCUGCUUUGCUGAGCACUAAGUAGCCUGUCCCACAGAGAGCAGGUCACGCCGCCUCCCAAGAAGCUCUUCUUAACUUCCUUCCCACCAGCAAUGGCUGUUUCCUCCUCUGUGCUCUGUUACCUUCGUUGAGUUGGGGACUCUUGUCUGAUUGCCCUAACCCCCAGCCUUUGGGAGGCUAGGGACUUAUCUUAUUUCUCUUUUUAUCCUCUAUAGAACUGUUUAUCAUAGUGUUUUCUUGCAUUUAAGAAGCAUCGAUAAAUUUUUCUUUUAGUUAAGAAACUUUAUAACUUUAGUUUGGUGGAACUGUUUGUUUGAUACAGAGACAUUAAAGUUUUUAAAUACCAUAUACACAAUGCUCUCAAAGCUUUCUCUAAAUAGAAAAAGUAAGGAUGUGAUGAUUACCUUUUAUUGCUGUUUGUACAGGAGCUUUAUAUUUUAAAAUAGUAAGAGACAACUUUUUAAAAUCUGUUUCUGUAAAGGCAACAAGUACACAGAUGAUCAUCUCUUUGGUAGUUCAAAGACCAAGUAGAUCAACACAUGCCAAAAUAGUAUUUGGUUAAAUUCAAGAUCAUUCUUGAUUUUUUAAAAUGAUUUUAUUUAUUUAUUCAUGAGAGACACUGAGGGAGGGGCAGAGACAUAGGCAGAGGGAGAAGCAGGCUCCCUGCAGGGAGCCCCUGAUGUGGGACUGGAUCCUGGAACUCCAGGGUCAAGCCCUAAGCCAAAGGCAGAUGCUCAACCCAGGUGUCCCUACAUUCCUGAUUUUUAUUUUUAUUUUUUUAUUUUAAUUUUUAAUAUAUAUUUAUUUUUUAUUGGUGUUCAAUUUGCCAACAUAUGGAAUAACACCCAGUGCUCAUCCCGUCAAGUGCCCACCUCAGUGCCCGUCACCCAGUCACCCCCACCCCCUG